AUGUCACGCAACUUCCUGGUAGAUUCUCUUAUCGGCAACAACACACCACCGACAUAUCCGAUACCUUAUUACAAUGGCCAGUUGCCCAACUACAUGUUCAAUCUCUUCAACUUCGGACUUGGGGCCUACCAACAGCAACAGCAACAGCAACAGCAGCAAUAUCAACAACAGCUUGCGAGGCCAGUACCUAGACAACCUCCACCAAUGCUCGCUAACGUCAACCAGGCGCAACUCGGCUCGCCAAUUCAAAAUUCUAACGUCGUUACGGGAGCAUCGAUACCUACACAAAGUCCACCCUUACCUAUUGGGAAUUCAGCCAAUCAUAUAUCAAAAAGUUCAUUCAUGAAGGCUGACUCACCAUCACGUAACAGCAGUAGUCCGACGCCACCGCCGCAGUCGCCAAACGACUCCAUCCUUGGGGGUAUUACCGGUAGCUCCAAACGCAUUCGCACCGCGUUCACGAGCACCCAGUUGCUGGAGCUAGAACGCGAGUUUGCAAGCAAUAUGUAUUUAUCACGGCUACGUCGCAUCGAGAUUGCGACGAGUUUACGUCUCUCGGAGAAACAAGUGAAGAUUUGGUUCCAGAAUAGACGAGUGAAGUACAAGAAGGAGGACGGACCUGCAGCUCCCACAAAGUGCUGUUGUUUGAGGACUUGCGGCAAGCGUAAGGAAGAAGACGCCAAGUGCGAGGAAAGCGAUCAAGAGGAAAUUCCGAUCGAGGACAAGACGUCCGAUAUCAAACCCCUCAUUUGGCGGCAGCCUUACGAAGAUUACGACAAGAAUCUAGCACCUCACGAUCUCUCCCGACCUUGUAAAAGGAUUAACGAAGAGCAGAGCCAAUGCGAAAAUAAGAGAUUGAAGUUCGAGAGCCCACCUAUUAUCAGCGGAUUGAGGACUCUUACCUGUACCAAGUACACCGUCGAGCAUAUCGUCAAUUCUUGA